AUGGUCCGAACCAGAUCCUCGCGCCAUGCGCCUUUGAAGGAGAAACCAGAAGAGAAGUACCGCGCUACCGAAUAUGAAUGGGACGAGGAACCAGACAAAAACCACCCCGCAAAGAAGCUAGAAGUCCGUAGAGCAAUCGUCUCCCCAAAUUCCAAGAGAGGUCGCGAAUUCACAGGUUCACAUUGUGAUGAUAUCGAGGAUGAGGAUCAUAAGGGAAUUUGGAGAAAACGCGCCAAACGAUUCAAGCGUAGUUCUUCGAUCGAAGUUCAAGAACCCGCUGCUGGGAAAUUAUUCAAGAGCAUUCCAACUGAGAUUCACCAGUACAUCGCUUUAUUCCUCCCCGAAGACAACGAUAUUUUCCGCUACAGCUUAAUCUGCAAGAAAGCAUACUCCUCAAUCACAGACAGUGUCUGGCGUAAGCGCUUCGCCACGGUCUUUGAUGAUGUCAAUGGUCUCAGUCCGAGGGAUGCUACUAAGAUAUACCGGUUCCGAAAGAAUCUCUGUUUGAAGUGGACUUGCUUUGACCUCAACCAACAUGGAAUUCUGUUAAACAAGGAUAUCAUAGCUUAUCAGGCCAGCAAUCAACGAGAUGUCCUCAACGCUUUCCGAGGCUUACUUCUUGAAUCGAAUGCCUGCCAGGUCAAAAAUCGAUACUAUGGUCACGUCUUUGUCGAGGGACGAAACUUGAAGUUCAUCAAGCACCUACUCGAAGAUGAUGUUGAUAUUGUCGACGCGAUCUUCAACACGAGCUUUGAUAAGGACACCAAUGAUGCCUCCAGCUUCAAAAAGAUUGUAACGGCUGAUGCAACAGACUCGCUCAUUUACGUCAUUCAGCUCUUACUCACUCCAUUCUCUCUGAAUCGAGGCUGCUGCAAUGGCAAGGUUGGACAUUUCGAUAUCUCUCAAUACCAAGCGUACUCCACAGCAAAAGUACAGCCAGUUUUCAAGGGUCUUUAUAAGCAACAAGUCAACAUUCGUUGGCUCCUGCACGUUGUCAACUUCUUCAAGUUCCACCUGAAGUCGGAAGGUGAGGGACUCCUCGCGCAUGAGUAUCGACUCCUUGAGAAUGACGAGUUCCCCCAAUUCUGGUCCGGUCAUAUCAAGGGUGGAACCCAACCACUAGCGCGUCACUGGAAGAGUGCACACAUGUACAUGGAGGAAAGAACUUUGGCGAGCUUGAGAGCAUGGGAUGGCCACAAGAGCGUAGUCCACACAGACUCCUUGGAUGGUAAUGAGUCUUUCGAGGACAUGGAUCUGUUUUUCGACAAGGACACGAGCCCGAAGUACAAUUGGCCCAAGAACUUCGAGAAUUUGCUGUGCAGCAAUCCGUUCGAAGAUCCAGCUCAACAACGCAAAGCAAAGAUAGCUCAUGUUUUUCUGGAGAACACACCUGGUGCGAAGCAAUUCUGGGGCAGCUGCAGAGGCUCGCAGACCGGACAUGUUUUUGGCCGAGUUCACGCUUUGACAACUCAGCAAGGCUUCCAUGGUUUCCAACGCCUGACAAUGAUGAAGUACUACACUGAGAAGGAUACCAACGGUCACGACAUCUAUGAUCCAUUCCAAGUUUGGUGCUACGAAGGCUGUGUUCUGCCAGGUGGUCGCAUUGUUGUUGGCCGAUGGUGGAGUGCGCUCGGUGAUCCCAAGUCUUCCACCACCAACUCAGGCCCUUUUCUCUGGUGGAACGUUCAUCGAGGCGGUGUUGACGAGAUUACGGAGAAUGAAGCUAUCGAAUUCAUGGACACUUACGCUGAUCUGAUGUCCUCUCCCAUCUAG